AUGGCUGGCGAUGCUGGAGGCACAAACACGACUACAAGGUUGCUAAGGGCAGAAGAUGGAGGAAAUAGAAGUGGGCAAGUAGAAGAAGGAAGACCAAUGGAAAGGAGAGUAUUGGAUGUGUUGGUGCUUGGAUUUGCAAACCUGGUGGCAGAUGGGAUAUCAAUGGGGUUAGGAGAUUAUGUGUCUAGUAGCACUGAGAAGGAUGUGGCUGCCAAAGAGAGGGCGGUGACAGAAUGGGAUGUCACUAACCAUGAGAGGGCUCAGAAGCAGGAGUUGGUCGGAAAAUAUCAACAACUUGGGAUGGACAUUAAUGAUGCAGCCACGUUGGUGGAGAUAUUUGCAAAGUACAAAGACAUCCUAGUAGAUGAGAAAAUGACCGCGGAAAAAGGGAUGACACCACCAGAUGAAGAGGAGAAACCAUGGAAGAAUGGUCUUGUUACCUUAGUGGCCUUCCUUGUGUUUGGCUGUUUACCACUCCUCUCUUUCGUUGUCCUAAUCCCUUUUACUAACAAUGAAACGGUGAAGUUCAUUGGUGCUUGUUUCAUGGCUAUCUUAGCCUUGGCAGUUCUUGGAAUAGCAAAGGCAAAGAUAGCUGGACAAAAUUAUGUGCUGUCUGUAUUCAUCACCGUUGGCAAUGGUGCCUUCGCUGCUGCUGCGGCUUAUGCUAUCGGGUGGACGCUAAGGAAUGUAGCUGGGCUAGUUGACUGA